AUGGCCUAUAGGGCGACCCCAAUCCCGGCAACUGGAAAGACACCAUCAGAACUGAUCAUGGGAAGGCUGAUACGUACUACACUUCCAACACUGACCAAAGUCUUAGAGCCAAAGCUUCCAAACCAUUCAGCAGUCAAAAGAGCUGAUGUCAAAGCCAAACGGGGCUACAAGGAGUCCUUUGACAAAAGGAAUGGCUCGAGAGAAUUACCAAAGCUACAGCCUGGAGACUGGGUCAGAACCAAGCUGGAUAAGGAGAAGCAGUGGACCACAGAAGCUAAGGUCGUUAGUGAAGACCGAAGUCCCAGGUCAUACAUCAUAGACACGGGUGGUAGAAGAUUGCGAGGGAAUCGUAGGUAUCUUAGAAAGGUCCCUACUCCCACUCGUUAUGACACAGCAGGGGACGACUCCCAAAUUCCGGAUAUCAACAGUGAGCCUACUUCCAAGGUCGUCCAAGUGGAGGACACCAACGUUCCCGGAAGCAGCAACGCCAGUCCUGACCAAAGCGAUCAGAACGCGAUUCCAGAACAGAGAACCUCAAGUGGUAGACUUGGUAGGAAACCUACUCGUUAUAGAGAGGACAUUUAG